AUGAGUCAGUCUUCUGAAAAGGCGCUUCUUGGUCUCGACAAUACAGGCUCGUACUGGAUCAUCCGCUUCAAUCGUGACAACAACGCGUCGACAUUCGUCGUCGAUAAGACCGGGCCAAACAUCGACGUGGAGGAUCUCUUCGGCACGCAUUGUGAUAUUCUUCAUAGUGAGAAACUUCAAGAGCUUGAAGCAAGACCAUUUGAGAAGGUGUGGUACAUUACAGAUCCUCAAGCUUUCGAGACGGCGUGUGACAUUGCCUGCACCCACAGACUUCGUGGAAAGGCGCCCUUCAACCAAGCUCGCAACAAGAAAGACUGGAUAAUUGAAGAUAUCGAAUUCGUCAGCACGGCUCUUGACAGGACGGUUCGAGCAGCGUCGUCGAAAAUACCAGGCUCAAUGUCGAAAAAGCCGAGAGACGACCUGCUUGAAUCGUCGCUAUGGUCGGAAAGACGUCAUCUGGAAAAUAAUGCGUCGGCGCUGGGGCGAGGAGAUACAUACAGGCCCAACUAUGACCACCAUCGGCCUAAUGCUUUGCCGUCGACUAAAACAAAACAAAACGCCGAGCAUUCGAGUCUCCGGAGGCCCUCCACCUCUCCAGGCCGAGACAUGCACAAUGGCGUAGUUACAUCAAAGUAUGAUAACCGUCUUGACAAGCCUAGGCGGCCAAUGCAGCAGCUGCGGCAGAUGAACUCCUCGGCGACAGGUCAAUCCAGGCCACGCGAGAUCUCUAAUGCUGGGCCAAAAAGGCUCAACGGAGAUCACAAGACGCAAAACCACCCAGGCCCCGUGGGUAUAAACAAUGACUUUUCGGGGGUCCCUCGUGGACCAAAACAUCAGAAUCGACUCCGUCGGCAAAACCACACUGCCCAGCAGAAAGCAUAUGAUACCGCAGUGGACGAGAAAAAUCCCGAUGUCAUACAAUACAAGGAUCUCCCCCGUCUGAAGGAGAGGCCCCACAUCUUCAUUUCCAGCUCCUAUCUGCCGUUCAUGCGCCACACUAUCCCGCAUUUGCGCAAAUUCUUUAAGAAAGACUUCCAUAACUUCUCUGUCAAGGCGGAGGUGAACGGAUAUUACAUAUUCUCUUCUGACGACGUAUUUGGUCGGAAGGAGCUGCAAAGAUGUUAUGAGCUCACCAAUAUGUCAACAUUGUUUGGCGAGUAUACGUUGCACAUGGAACUCCGCAUCGAUGGCGGCGUGCCACCCAAGCGGCCGCUGAAUAAUGAUGAGAGGGGAUUUCAGAAGACGGGAGCGCCGCUCGAAAAUUCUGAAAGCAGAUUUGAGAGCCUGCCGUUACCAGUCGAUGAUCUCUUCUGCGACGACAAGGGCGAAAACGCACUGCGCUGA